AUGUCAACUAUUGUUGAAAGUAAGCGUAAAAAGCCUACAUUACUUCUCGAUAAUUUCCGUUUUACCCGAGAUAAAAUUAUUAAUACAACGAUUUAUUGGAAAUGUGAAGAUCGCUCUUGUCUUGGUCGAGCUGUUCAGUGUGAUUUGAAUUCACCAUUUAUGAAGCAACCCCAUAAUCAUGAAGGUGAUGAAAUUAAAUGCAAAGUCGAAGAAUUUAGAAUGAAUUUAAAACAACGUAUUGAAGAUUCACCACAACCAGUUAAAAAGAUUUAUAGAGAACAAAUAAUAUCAUUAUAUACAACAUCAUCGCAAAUUACACAAUUUACACCAAUGUUUCACGAGAUGAAAAUUUCAUUGUAUAAUGCAAGAAAUACAAGUUAUCCAUCUGCUCCACGUAAUAUUGAUGAUGUUAUGAUUGAAGGAAUAUGUAGUAAAACUUUAAAUGAAUCUCUUAAACAAUUAUCAGAAAGUGAUCAUGGUCAUUUAUUUUUUGAUGAAACUUUUAAAUCAUGCCCAAAUCCAUUUUAUCAAUUGUACUCUGCUCAUUCGGUAAACAAUGAGUUAUCAACACCAAAAUUGUUCACUUUAUUACCUGAUAAAAAAAGGGUUGCCAGCUGUUCAGGUCCCAAAUGGGGUACACUGAUUUCGGAAUGGGGUACACGUUAG